UCGCGCGCGUGCGGUUCGUGUGUCUGGAGCUGGACUUCCAGCGUGGUCUUCUUGGCGGUCGUUUAGCCGUUUCUGGGGUUUGUUGACCUAACUGGAAGCUCCGGCGAGGUGGGUCGUUCGGGUGGCAGAGCGCUUAGAGCUGCUCCGCAGUACAGAGGCCCUGCGGAGGCCCAGCGACUCCGCCCACAUGCUCCGAGCCAGGCCUAGGGAAGAGACCUUGGUGACCUUGCAUCCUCUGCAGAAUCCAAUGGCUGUGACCACUCACAGGAACCUGGCCCAGGGUUCCCUGACUUCAGAACCAGUUACAGAGCUUGGCCUGGAUGUUUCCUUUGAGGAUGUGGCCAUUCACUUCUCCCAGGAAGAGUGGGUGCUCCUUGAUAAGGCCCAGAGGCUCCUGUACUGCAGUGUGAUGCUGGAAAACUUGGCACUUGUGGCAUCUCUGGGUUCCUGUACUGGAAUGGGGGGUGAAGACGUAAAUUGUGUGCAUAAAGUGCCUGCAGAAGGUGUGGUGUGUGAGACAAGGCCAUCUCCUGAGGAGAGUCAUCUUGAGAUACGUGCUUCAGCUUUAGAAGACGUUUUGCCUCAGACUGAGUUCCUGAGCACAUACCCCGUGCAGACAUUGUGCUUGAGCAGAACAGGUUCCAGUUUUAAAGAAGAGAAUAACUGUCGCUGGAGGAGUUACAGUGGAGUAAAGUCCUAUGAAGGGGAUCCUCACAGGACUUCCGCUGUGCCAAGCUGCACAUCCCAUGUGUUGACCAGGCCAUUCAUCUGUGGGAAGGAUGGGGAGGAGGCCGUGUCCUCCACAGGCUGUGGUCAUCAGCAGGCUGCUUGCAGUAGUGAACAGCCCUCCACAGCCUGUCUUCAGCAGCAGGCCACUUGUAGAAGCGAACAGCUUUACAGCAGUGGUGAGUAUGGGGAAGUGCUUUUGAAUGGAGAGAGGCAUUGUAAGGAUGGGGAAUGCCAAAAAUGUUCAAGCUGCGAACAUGCCCCUGCUCAGUGUCCCAGUACCUCCUCUGAGAAAAGGCCGGCUGAGAAUAGCAAGUAUGAGAAAGCCUUCUCCUGCAAUUACAAACGUGCUCAGCACCAGGACAGUCACUCCGGACAGAGGACCCAUGAGCACUGUCAACAUGAGAAGUCCUUCAGCAAAAAGUGCCGUCUCAAUACACGAGACAGAAUUCAUCCUCAAGAAAGGCCCUAUAAAUGUACGGAAUGUGGAAAAGCCUUUAUCUAUAAAUCUGAACUCAUUUACCAUCACAGACAUCACACUGGUAGAGUACAUUAUGAGUGUGUGGAAUGUAGAAAAUCCUUCACGUACAAAUCCAAUCUCACCGAACACCAGAGAAUCCACACUGGAGAAAGGCCUUAUCAAUGCGAACAAUGUGGAAAAUCCUUCAGACAAAACUCUAGCCUCUUUAGACAUCACAGAAUUCAUACUGGAGAAAGGCCGUACGAGUGCUAUGAAUGUGGGAAAUCCUUCAGACAGAUCUUUAAUCUCAUCAGACACAGGCGAGUCCACACUGGAGAAAUGCCUCACCAAUGUGGUAAUUGUGGGAAAGCCUUUAGCUGCAAAACUGAACUCACUCAACACGAGCGAAUUCACAGUGGAGAAAAGCCGUAUGAGUGUAGUGAUUGUGGAAAAUACUUCAGGCAGUUCCCCAACCUCAUUCGACACCGGAGAGUGCACACUGGUGACAGGCCUUAUAAGUGCAGUGAAUGUGAGAAAUCCUUCAGUCGCAAAUUCAUCCUCAUCCAGCACCAAAGAGUUCACACUGGAGAAAGGCCUCACAAAUGUGGGGAAUGUGACGCAUCCUUCACCCGAAAAUCUGACCUCUUCCAGCACCAGAGAAUCCACAGUGGCACGCGACCUUAUGAGUGUGAAGAAUGUGGGAAGUCAUUCAGACAAUGUUCUAGCCUCAUCCAGCACAGGAGAGUUCAUACCGGAGAGAAGCCUUAUGAGUGUGUCGAAUGUGGGAAAGCCUUUAGUCAGAGUGCUAGCCUCAUUCAACACCAGAGACUGCACACUGGAGAAAAACCUUACGAGUGUAGUGAAUGUGGGAAGUCCUUUAGCCAGAGUGCUAGCCUGAUUCAACACCAGAGAAGCCACAGUGGAGAAAAGCCUUAUGAAUGUAGUGAAUGUGGCAAACCUUUCACCCAUAAGUCUGACCUGAUUCAGCACCAAAGGGUUCAUACCGGAGAAGGACCUUAUGAGUGCCAUGACUGUGAGAAAUCCUUUAGCCGUAGAUCGAAUCUUGUCAGACACCAGCGAGUUCACACCUAAGAAGACUCUUUAUCAUGUACGAAUUGUGCUGCUAAGGGUGUUCUUUAUUGUGUCUAGGGGAGGCGUACACAGGUGGAAAGUGCAUAAAGAUUUAUGCCUGCCCCCGAUUGGACAGAGGUUGGAAGUGUGCAGCCUUGUGAGUUUUGCCUUUACAAGCAGCUGACUAAUAAUUUGUGGUCAUUCUCUGGGAAUCCCAGGUAUGGAUCUGGCCGGUGUACAUCAUCCUGACCAGUAUUUAAUACUUCUUUCAGAUUCGGCUCAAAAGUAGAAAAGUGCUGUUUAACAGGUGUUUUAACACUGGAGAAGACUCACAGCCCUCUCUGAGUUCAGAGAUUAUUUAUCUGGGCUUCGGAAGUGGAAGUUAUUUCAAAUAUGUGGGAAACUUUGAGAAGACUCAUUACAGUUUUUAGAUGCCCAGGGCCAUGUCCUGAUUUAUGUCAUUCGCAGUAUCUGUGAUAGAAACCCUGUCUCUCUUACCACUUGGAAGAUUGAGUCUGAUUAUCCCUGCUAAGUGCUUAGAGGUACAGACCUCUCUGCUCUGCUCUGGCUUUAGCCUUGAAGACCCUUUUCCUUUUUUGGGCAGCAAUCUUAUUUAGAAAGUGUGGUCUGAGUUGUACUUUCAACUUUUCUAGGA